UCGCAACACGAUGACGUCCUUUUUACGCGCUGCCCUGAGAGGAAAAGAACUUUGUGUCUACCAUCCAUCGUAAUUUUACAAUGGCCGAGGAAGGUGGCAUUGCUGCUGGAGGUGUGAUGGAUGUCAACACUGCUCUCCCCGAAGUGCUCAAGACCGCACUUAUACACGACGGCCUCGCCCGCGGCAUCCGUGAGGCUGCGAAAGCUCUCGACAAACGUCAUGCCCAUUUGUGCGUCCUUGCCACCAACUGCGAUGAGGCAAUGUACGUCAAACUGGUGGAGGCCCUCUGCGCCGAGCAUCAGAUUAACCUGCUGAAGGUUGAUGACAAUAAGAAGCUCGGUGAGUGGGUUGGUCUGUGCAAAAUUGACCGGGAGGGCAAACCCCGCAAAGUGGUGGGCUGCAGCUGUGUUGUGGUUAAGGAUUAUGGCAAGGAAUCUCAAGCCAAGGAUGUGAUUGAGGAAUAUUUCAAAGCCAAAAAAUGAAUCGUCAAUAAAACAUAU